UUGAAAAACUGACCCAUGCAUAUGUCGCGAGCCGCCCCUCUGAUAUCUCUUCCUUUACUGCUCGCUACGAGCUCCGAGCUACGAGCUACGAGCUCCGACUUACGAGUUACGAGUUACGAGUUACGAGCUACAAGCGCCAACAGCACGGAAACAGCACGCAAAAAGAAGAGUAAUAGGAACCAGGACGUUCGUCGAGUUACUCGAGAAUCAAAACCGACCAAAGUAUGUAUAAAUUUACGAGUCGAAAGUAUGCUUUAGACUACGCUACGUGGGCCACGAUAACGGAUAACCCACGUGUACGAUACGGCUAUAAUAUAUGCGCGUCACUCGAUGCGCAUUCCUAUCGCAUUGGCCAGAUUCGUCGAAAGAAGCUACGUUUAGGUAUCGCUCGCGAACCAGUCUAUCUAUAACAAAAAUUGAAACAACUAUUAAAAGAAUUCAAUUGGCAACGAGACAAACAACUAGUAUUUUCUUUGUUUCCGAUAAGAUAUAGGUACGAUAUACAUGUACAUAUGUAUAUUACGUUUUAACGCGAAUGAAAUCAGAGUCUAGCUGUCCCAUCGCGCAGCAAUGAGACGAUCGGCCAAUACAGUCGACCUUUUAUACGCGUCGCGUCGCGUCGAAGGCGAGCUUUCGCGCGCCUUGAUCUGCUUGGUUCCGAAAUUGAAUUGGCUAAUUGACAAGUUUAAUCGAGAACAGAUUAUUGUCUGUUUGCUCCACACUCGGAGAGUCAGAGUCGGAGUCGAGUUCGAGUCGAGUCGUAGCGGCGUCAUUGGCGUCGCGCACCCUUAUUCGUUCGGCUCGACAGGGGGUAAGAAACGCGGGGGAAACUACAUCGAUUCGAGAAAAGUCAUCGUCUUCUUGUUGUUUCGAAUCGAUCGUUGCAAGCUGCAAGUCAUUAAACGUAGAUUCGUCUUUAAAAUCAUGGAUUACCGAUUACGGAUUCGUUUGUUUGUUUGUUGACACGAUUAAAUGAAUAGGACACGACGACCAAAGGACACGGGGCAAAAGGAGGAUGAAAUUUCGUUUCGAUAUACGGAUGGUUGGCUAGCCGAAUGUCUCUUUGUAAAAUUAGAAAGUUGAAGGUAUUUGGAAAAGUUGGAAAAUUUAGAAUAUUCCAGUCUGAUACGACCAAUGAUAAGAUUGUGAAAGUUGUUGCGUCAAGGUUUCUUCUCUCGUAAAAGAAAAGAAGAAGAAGAAGAAGAAGAAGAAAAAGAGAAAGAUAAUAAGUGAAAAAUAUCCCCAAGGGGAGCGGAGAAACGAAUGUACCGUGUAGGAAAGUGUUGCGGGGGUGCGGUUGCAACGCAUCGCGUAGCCAGGAAGCUCAUUAGGUAUGGACGAGCGUGGAUCUCGAUUGAAAUGAAGACGAAUCGGUUGGUGGGCCGACGAGAUUGCUCCGGUGCGACGCGCGGCAUGCCAUUUCAUGGCUAAGCGCGACGGGGCGGAUGUUUGCGUGUCGGUGACUCGAAUCGAAUUGAAUCGAAUCACAUCGAAUCGAUUCGAAUCGAAUCGAAUCGAUUCGAUCGAAAGGGAGAAAAAUAGUCUCGACGGAGGGAAAGAACGAGGAAGUCAAUAAACGUAGGCAACCCGGGAGGGUAGCUCGCGAUCGUAUAAAAGCCACGGAUCGCGAGCGUAUCGACACCAUUCGCCGGUUACAAGUCUCGGGAUACCGUUCACUCGAAGAAGCGAUGAUCGGUUCGAGCGUGUUUCCACCCUCUCGCAUCGUCGCUGUCGGCGCUCUGGUUUGCUUGGUUUACUCGGUCUCUUGCACUUCCGGCGAAUACGAGGGGAGAGAAUCGUCGAGCGGCGUGUCCAACGACAGAACGCCGAGCAACGAGUUUGGCUCGUGCACCGAAGGGAAAUGCAUAAAACGCAACCCUCAGGACAUCAGCAGCGGCAUGUGGUUCGGACCGCGACUGGGAAGACGACGAAGGUCCGAUAGGAAGUCGGAAGUCGAUCCGGACAUGGAAACUCUGGCCAGCAUCCUCGAUGGCCACCGGUGGCCCGUAAUCGCGAUUACAGGCGGAGGGAAGCGACAAUCGACUCAAUUCACUCCUCGAUUGGGACGUGACUCGGCGGAGGAAUUAUUCUCGUACCGAUUUCCAAAGGAUCAAGAGACGUUGUACGCGGAGGAGCAAAUCUUUCCAGCUCUUUUCGCGCCUCGUUUAGGACGUCGGCUACCGUGGAUACCCUCUCUGAGACUUGGACGUCAGUUGCACGACAUGUUUGAAAAAUCGAGACGAUACGCCGACGAAUCGCGCUUUUGAAAUCUCCUUUCACGCGUUCAACGAACAAAGACAACCCACGACAUUGAGCGUAAUUAAGAUGCGAUCGAAUAAAGAACUUGUAUUUAUUUCUAUUAUAAAAUAACAAUACUCGACGUUCUUUUCUUCCAAAUCCAUAUUUAGUUUAGUUGGCAGUUUGUAGGCAGCGCGAGAUAAACUUGGUCGGAUCGUUGAAAAAAUGUGUCCGAGAUUAGGUAGCACCACGGCCAGCCGCGUUAUUCUCGUCUAUUCCGAUGGUAAACGAUUUACUCGAGCAAAGAGAGAGGGGAAAGGGAAGUUAACUUGUAGUAUCUACUGGCAGCGUUUUCAAGCUUUACGAUUACGAGCAAAGCCUAUGUUACCACAUGGCCCGCCGCUCUGUAGUUUCGCUCGAGGAAUUACACGAGUAAGUAAGUAAGUAAGUAGUUACGCACUCCUUGCUCUCCGAUUCUUCCAAUCUUUUCGUCGACGUCAUGUCCUUCUUUUUCUCUCGCUAACCACACAAAUAGAAAAUCUAUAAUGAAAUUAAAUCUAUUUCUUUUUCUUUUUCUUUUUCUUUUUCUUUCUUUUUCUUUUCUUGUUGUCUGGCUUAAACAACGCUAUGUAUUCUUUUGGAGCUGGUUCUUUUUUUUUUAUCCUUUUCUUGCUUUUUAUUUUAUGCAUUCGCAAACAUUACAACCUUUCUAUGCGUACAGAAUUCUGGGAAUUGCUCGCACGACAACCUCGAUUCGCCACACUGUACACACACCCUUGUUUACGUAUCUCACACGACCCUAGGCAAUGCGUUAUAGCUACAAUAUAUAUAUACUUUUUCAUUUUCAUCUUACCUUUCCUUUCACCAACACACAUAUACACACACUUUUUCUUCUUACGCGCAUCCUAUUUAUUUACUAUGUAUAUAUAUAAUGCUCUUACGCUACAUAUGUAUAUCGUAUUUACACAGCCGAGGUCGCUCGACGAACCAGAGUUACUUAUUAUAUCGUUAUUUUUUUCUUCUUUUUGUUUUUGUUUUUUUAAUGCAAAAAGAUCGUCGUGCAGUCGGAUCGUAAGAAAAUGUCUACCCACGUCUACACCCGUUUCAUAGCUAAAUCUGGAAAAAUACAUCGAUACAUCUUCUUGAACGAAAAAUUCGGCCGAGAUCGAUAAGAAAUGUCAGUUCGUUUCGGGAUCGGUCGAUUCUGUAAAGACCGACGCGAGAAUAGAUAGUGUUUACUAUUGCUACUAGAAAUUUCGAAUCGAGCCGUUUUUCACGAUUUACCGGUCCUCGAGGUUGAGCGUCCUGCUUCGCUAAACACUAUUGCGUCUACUUCGACCACCUACCAUAUUUAACCGAUACGAUGUACCGUAGGAAACGUUCCUUCUCUCGUUUAGCUCGCUUUUAAGCAUUUUUCCUAUUUAUUAGUCUAUGUAAAUACCAUUCGAUACGGUAUAGAAAACCGCGGUAAACUAGCAACGUUAAUCCAUUACAGGAUUUUAUAUACAUAUUUACCAGAGACAAAAAAGUUGAACGGUAAGAAACGAAUACAACGAUAAAAAUAAUGUUAACAAAGUGUAACAUGUCUGUGACAUUUUCUCUUUUCCUGUCAACGAGUUUCCGACAACAAUCAACUAACGAUAAAUAAAAGAUACGGUGCGGUGCGUUGCGUUGCGUUGCGUUGCGUUGCGUUGCAUUGCGGUGUUUCUCGUUAACUUUUCUCCAAAUUUCAAAGUAAAUUCGCGCAAACUAUGCGAGUACGCAUGAGUUAACACAAGUACAAAUGAAUAUUUUACAGCCGAAUAGCACCUUACUUGCGUUUUCAUAGAGCGCAACCAACCUAUUACCUCUUUCCUAAUUUCCUUUCUUCGGGUUAUUUGACAAUUCGUCGAAAUUUCAUAUUUUUAAAUUGAUUCGCAUUUAUUUGUUAUAUUUCUAUUUCUCCAGCAACCAACGAUGACAACUCUUUUAUUCGCGUAAAAUCUAUUGGUGUAAAAAUGGUAAAAACGAUUUCGGACGUUGUUUCCCGCAACUCGAAAAAUCCUUCGAUACCGAUUUAAAACUAGCUCAUCACUUUUUGCUUUUGUCAACUUACGUAUGCGAACAGACGCAAAGUUACUAUUCCGCUCGUUAUUUGUCCUGCACGUAUAGUUAUAUACGUACAUACAUAUUGUAUAGUUAUAACGGUUCCGUUUUCGAAACUGUAUUUUCGAUAGUUUCAUCGAGUAGAUACCAUCUGUUAAUGUUUCACGCGUUGCGUCAACACGUGAAUCAAAUUUACUACACAAUGUGAUUACAUCUAUAUCGUUUACUUUACUCGUUCGAGUACGUAUAUGUAUAGAGUAAUAAAUCAAAGUACCUACAUAAUAUUCCAAGAAAUUGUUUAAAUAGUCAAGGUUGCGAUUUAAACGAUGGCACAGAAAUAAAAGAACGUGAUUGAACCGUUACAUGUCGGUGGUGUUGGGGACAGAUUUCAAUGAAAAUUCGAUCGAUAACGGAAACUCGAUUCGGAAUUGCCGCAAACUUGAUUAUACACCGGAAAACAAAUACGUGUACGAACGAAAACAACGCCAGCCACCGUUCAAACACGUUGCGGAUUCGCAAUGCGCGUUCGCUUUUCGGUAUACAACCGAUCCAACGUACGAGUAACGCGAAUCGCUCAGAGGGAAAUCUUUACCGUCUUGUCUCUCUCGGAUCUGGUUGUGUCAGUCUCGAUGAUUGCAGUCGAGCGCGAUGAAAAUUCAACGGUCGACCCUAAUAGUCCAGUUUCGCAUUUUAUUGUAUGACAACGAGCACAAGUUGAAUUUACAAGUAUCGGUGGGUUCGUAUUCAGUGUAUAAAACGGUUUACUCGCAAAGUCUAGGUCUAGACCGACGUAAGAAAUAUUAUAGUUACCUGGCUUGUUCGCGAUACGUGAUUAGCGAAACAGGAUACAAAAGAAAUUACGAAACCUUUCGUGACAGUUCCUGGACGUGUACAUACGCAAUUCUAAAGAAAAUAAGAAGAAGAAGAAGAAAAAAGACAAAUGACAACAACGAUAUUGUCGCAGCUAAAUGUAAAACGUAAAACGUAAAACGUAAUCUUUCGGCAGUUCUCUCUACGCAUCGACUCUCCAUCACAAAUAAAAUGAUCGUUCAAACGGAUCUAGGAACUCUAAUACGAUCAUUGCCGGUAACACUCGAACAAUCAACGUUGUCGAUAAUUAGAUUCGAAUCGUCAUGUUUGGAAUAUUAGUACGAGCACAAAUAUCUUGAGAAAACUCGACGCAUUUCAUUAAUCGUAACACAGCUGACAAAAGUAUAUUUUUCUAUAUCGCAUAAUCGUAACUCGUUUAAAAAACCAACAAGUAUCGAUUAAAUAAUUCAGACUAAGAGAGGAUAAUCAACUUCGUACUAUUCAACGAACGAGUCGCGGAACAAGUAUGGAGAAGAAGCGUGUGUAACGCGAGACGCGAAUUUUAUGAAAAUACAAGAGGAAGACAAAAUUGGGAAGAAAGAAAGUAGAGAAGCGUGCGUCAAGUCGCUCUCUUCUACCUCUUAUCAUUUAUACUAGCGCAACGAUAUCGAUUAUAUCGAACAUAUUUUUUCUUUAUCUUUAAAUCUCUUGGGGAAAAAAAAAAACAAACAAACAAAACUAAACAGUUCCACAAGAGUUAGUCGAGCUGCAUUUUCAUCGUUGCCUUCGGAACAUAUAUCGUGAAAUGUCUUCCAACUCAAGUGUUUUGUUCGAAAAAGAACAACUCGCGACGUAUGUACGAUUCUGUAAAUGAUUAUGAUUAUGGUUUUUCGCUUUGCUCUGCUACAAAAACUUUCCCAUUGACCAUCAAUAACAAAAAAACUUGGUUUUUUCCUUUCUUUCAUUUCUUUUUUCUUACCGAAUUACAAGUAUGUCGCACACAAUGUAAGCGAAAAGAAUAUUUUUAUAUUACAGUUUUGGAAUCGUUACAAUUUUAUACAGAAAAUACGAAAUCCGCUCGAGCAAAAUUCUUAUAUGAAAAAACAUAAAUGAUUCAGACCAUAGCGAUGAUUAAGCUGACAUUCCAAUCAAAAUAUCGCUUUCAUUGUCAAAUAAGACUUUUGCAAGCCGAUAAUCGCGUUGACUCAGUGCGUGACUAGUACAUGGAAAAAAAGAACGAAAAAAGAAAACGGAUCUGCAGGUUAAAGAUACCACGAUUCGCGUAUGAUGCAAUUUAAUGGCGACGUUAUAACCCUUUCGCCAUCAACCAGACAGCACGGUUUAUUAAAAAUGAUCGAUCAAGAGUAUCGAGAUAGUGUGCACUAUGAGAAUGAGCCAGCCAUUCGUAUUUCGAGUUAUUUUUCUACUGAAUUCGAUCUUUAGUUUAUGCUUCCUCUCUUAAAUAAUACAAUUCGUUUAAAUCUACUCGUUUCUUAAUCGAGAUUACACGUAUUUGCCGCGCUCGAUGACCAAUUUUGCCCACUUACAAAUUCUACCUAACCUAAUCCUAUAUAUCUAAAUAGCCGUAUGCUUAAAUAUACCUCUACGUAACUAGUGAGCCUUAGAUUUCAAAUUUAAUUAUUAAUUAGUUGAAUGCUUUCGUUGCAUGAUUAAAAAAUUCCAUCCAAUCGAGAACAGAAUUUCAGAGUUUUGUUUCAGUUCGGUUCCCUUACACAUUUCUUUCUCAAUUCUUUGCGAAGCAUCUUUCACAAUUUUAUUCUUGUCAACUUUGUACAAUAGCUUAUCGAUUCGAUAUUACUCGUUCAUGGAAACAUUACAGUUAACUUUGCGUAAACGUAUGCAAUCCUUUCUUUCGGAAAUCAAAUUUCUUCUCAACCUUUCGAAUCGUGAUUGUAUCGUGGAUCGAAGAAAAAUCUCUAUUCUUUAAACUGUUAAAAGUUGCUGUUCGUUAGCGAUAUGAAAACCUCAAAUCAAACGACGACGAAGAGACUGCUUCCGCGAUUGCAAACCCAUUUUUCCAUUUAGUUUCUCUUGGCACAGAAACCAACGACCAUGGACACCAUUUUUCUGUAUUAGUAGGUAGGUAAAGUAGUUUUACGUCUAAAGCUACGAAAAUACUAAUAUAAUGAAAUCACAAUAGCAAUUUCAAGUUUCGAUAAAAUUGUGCCAUAAUAAAUCUAUCGUCCUUUUCAAAUAUUUCACUCAAAUUUAAUCGAAGCUGGCCAGUACGUUUCGAAAAAAUAUUUAAUCGAAACCUCCGUAUUUCAAGUAUGAGAACUAUAGAAUGCGUAACGAUUCAAAUACACGGGCCAAUGAAAAUAUCCUGUGGUUGCUGGCGGAAAGAAGAAUAAUAAAACUACGUUCACAUCUACGUUUCUUUUCCUUUCUUGUUCAUCUUCAAAUAUAUUGGCUUAACGUUAACGAAUAAUAUCAAAGAUAUGUAUGUGUUUAAAAAUGAAAAAAAAAAAAAAAAAAAAAACAUAUAUAUAUAUAUAUAU